AUGUCUUACGACACUGCUCUUACAGUUUUUUCUCCAGAUGGAUAACUAUUUCAAGUAGAAUAUGCAAUGGAAGCCGUGAAAAGAGGAUUGUGUUGUGUUGGAGUCAGAGGAAAAGACAUCAUUGUUCUCGGGGUAGAGAAAAAGGCAACAUCUAAACUCUAGAAUGUUAAGACAAUCAAGAAAGUGUAUUAGUUGGAUAACAAUUUAUGCAUGACAUUUUCUGGAUUAAAUGCUGAUGCAAGAAUAUUGGCAAAUCAAACAAGAUUAUAAUGCUAAUAGUAUAAAAUUUAUUAUGAGGAUGAUCCUUCAGUUGAUUACAUUGCUAAAUUUACUAGCUAACAAUAAUAGAAAUUCACUUAAAGAGGUGGAGCAAGACCUUAUGGCAUUUCAACAUUAAUUGCCGGGUUUGAUAAUUAAAAUAAGCCAAAGUUAUUUUAGACAGAUCCAUCUGGGGCUUGUUCUGAAUGGAAGGCUACAUCUCUUGGGAAGAGUGCAAAAUAAGUGAAGGAUUUCUUAGAGAAGCAUUGGAGAGAAGGAUUGCACGAGAAGGAUGCACUUCUACUAACAACGAAGGCUUUGAUGGAUGUAGUUGAAAGUGGGAAUAAGAACAUUGAGUUGUGUGUGAUUAAGAAGAACACUUGCUGGUUUUUGAGUGAGGCUGAAGUAGAGGAAUUGACGAAAAUAACCGCAUAGAUCUAAUGAUUAUUAUUAUAAUUAAGAGAUUGAACAAAUUUGGCUUA